AUGAAUCCAGCUCCAUCAACCACACCGAACACCUCGCCUCCAAAUCCAAAUCCAACCCUGAUCCAAAAUACGCACUACACCAUCACCAACCCCCUCACCUUCACCACCUUUCUCGACCAACUCCCCCCCUCCAGCAUCACCCACCUAGUCCUCGCUCCCUCUCCCCACCUGGGCCGCAUCACCUCUCUCCCCCGCCUCAACGACACCCUCGGCGAUUCCCUCGGCGACGCCUCCACAUUUGCCGAACUACACUCCUGGGUGACACUGCUCCAGCGUCUUUCCCACUCGACCCCCUCUCUCCGCUCCCUCACCAUAAUUUUCGACGCCGACAUGAGCGGUCGCGAUACCCACGGGUAUCGAAGAGGCGUAGGUGAAUGUCUCGGAUUCAUAUGGGCCAUCGCCAGGUUUCGGGGACUGGAUUGGGUGGAUUUGCAGGGUUAUUUUCCGGCGCAGUGGCCGUGGUAUUUGAGAGCCGUGUGGGCUGCAAGUGGACAGUCAACGAGGAUUUAUAAUAGGGUGGAGGCGCCGGAGUGGGCGUUGAGGGAGUGGAGGAGGGGGACCGAGAGGUUGGAUCCGAGAGAGUUUGGGUGGGAGUGA